AUGAAAAGAAAUAAACUAACAGACGAUAUAAAACAAUAUGCCGUAAGGAAAAUUAUAAAAAAGUUACUUGAAUUUCGUCAAGAACGAACUGAAGAUAAAGUUACAGCUGAAGAAUUAGACAACGAAAAUGAGAGCGAUUGGACAGAAAUAGAACCUAAAAGUAUCAAAGUUGCUAAAGGCAUUUGGAAUAUGUGGUAUAAUGAACGAGAAAAAUGUCCUCGCGCUGGUAUUAUUUUUCUUUGUCGUGCAAAAUUAAAUAAAAUAAAAGUUCUUCUUACAAAAUAUAUUAAAAAUAAUCGUACUCAAUAUGGAUUUCCUAAAGGAAAAAUAGAAUUUGGUGAAACCAUCUUGCAAUGUGCGGCCCGUGAGGCUUCCGAAGAACUUGGCUUAGCUUAUAAAUAUAUAUAUAAUAUGAUAAAAUAUAGUACUCCUAUAAAAAAGAAAGUAUUUAAUAUUGUCGAUAAAUCGUUUGUCGAACAUUAUUAUUUUAUUGUUCCCGUUGAACCCAAAGAUAUGAAGUUCAAAAUAGACAAAAAAGAAAUUGAUGAUGUUGAAUGGCGUAGUAUUGGUAAUUUGCCAUGUCGUAAGAGUUGUUCAGUAAUGCAUUUGAUAAAAUCUGCAAAUACUUUAAAAGAAGCAAAUUAUUUUAUGGUUAUUUGUUAUGACCUUUAUAAGCAUACAUCACUUGUUAAGUACUUAAGAGUUUGGCUGCAUCCGAAAGGUUCACAACGGCCGAAUAGUUCUCUUAUGGAUAAAUGUGUAGAAGAUGCAUAUAAGAAAAUGCUUCAAAAAUUAUUUGAAAUUGAACGUCAUUUUUAUAUUCAAUUUAAUGCACAAAAGCUUCCAAGAAAACCAAACGGAAAAGACUGGAAGCAAUUUGCGAUUCCUGAAUGUAGUGCUAACUUAAUUUGGAAGGACUGGUGUUAUGAAAGAUUUCGGGGCCCACGUGUUGGUGUAAUGUUAAUUUCAACUAUGAAAGAGAAUGCAGAAGAAGCUUUAGUUAUUUCAUAUAUAAUUGACCAGUCUUUCAAAUGUCUUAAUAUUGGAUUUCCUAAAGGAAAACCUGAUUCAGGAGAAACAAUAAAAGAAGGAGGUGUCCGUGAAUUUCUAGAAGAGACUGGUAUGAUCGAUCCACAUGACAUCCUUAAAAUGGCUAUUUGCAAUGGUACAGUUAUUACAAAAUAUCCAUAUAUUGGUACUAUACAACAGUGUCGAAGUCGAACACAUCAUUAUGUUCUAGCUACAACAACUCGUCAAGAUAUGUUGUUUCGAGGAAACAAAAAAGAAGUUUGUGAUGUUUACUGGCACAGUAUUUAUACUCUGCCAUGUUGUGAUGCUUGCAAAAUAAAAUGGAAGUAUACAUUAUAUAAUGAUUUAGAAAUACCUGUUAGUUAUCAUAUGGUUACAUUAAGAGAUAUGAAUGGAGAAAAUUCAGCAGUAUUGUAA